AAUCCCCAAUAUCCUCAAUUCAAACAGCAGUUGAAGAUCAAUUGACUGCUUGUUCUCCUCCUUAUAUGCUUGCUCACUAUCGCACUUCUUGACCAUGACAGAAUCAAUUUACCUUAGCUAUCCUCCACCUCUGGAUUCCGCACAGAAGGAGUUCCUGGUGAAAACAAUUAAGGACUGGGCCACGCAAAAUGGCCUCGUCGUCCGGCCCUCGCCGACCUUCGUCGCAAAGGAGAAUGACCCUCAAGGAGUGCUGGCGACCAAUGCGCCAGUGACCCUGUUCCCUAGUCUUUUCCCUAAGGCUUGCUUUGAAGAAGCAAGAGCUCUUCAGACCGUAUACAACCAACUCUACGCUGCGAUCACAUGUGACGAAGACUGGAUUGGGAAGAUCAUGGAAGAUCUGAUUGACGUCGACGAUUUCAUCUCCAACCUCUGGAAAGUCCAUCUGGCAGUCAAGAAAGAGGGCUAUACCCAAAACUUGUCGCUCGGCCUCUACCGUUCUGACUACAUGGCCCAUACCCCGUCCGAUGCAAGCUCUCCUAGCCUGAAACAGGUCGAGUUCAACACAAUUUCGUCGUCCUUUGGCGGCUUGUCAUCACUGGUGACAUCUCUGCACACUGAGCUCCUCAACUCCCCACCAGGCCACCCCAUCGCCUAUCCGUCCCAUCCUUUGCUGGACAAUAAUCAACCCCCCGAGAAUCCUGCCGUGGAGACCCUGGCUGCAGGUCUGGCUGCAGCCCACGUAGCCUACGGACCCUCCAAGUCCACCCCAGCUCUUCCCACCUGCAUUCUCUUCCUCGUCCAGGAAAACGAGAGGAAUAUUUUCGAUCAACUGGCUCUUUCCCGGGAAUUGACCAAGACUCACAAAAUCCCCGUCUUCCGUGUCCUCAGCUCCGAGAUCCUCGAUCACACAUUUAUCCACGACUCGAACCCCUCGAGGCCACUUAUCUACCAGCCUCCGCACUCUAGUGGUACCCAGUUUGAAGUGACGACUGCCUACCUCCGUUGCUUCUACGCACCCACCGACUACAGGUCUGAGCGUGAUUGGCAAGCACGGACACACCUCGAGCGCUCUGCAGCUAUCAAAUGCCCCACCGUGCUCAACCAACUCGCUGGAUGCAAGAUCGUCCAACAGGUUCUGGCCGAACAGGAAGGACCAGAUCACCUGGCCAAGUUUCUUUCCGGCACUGAUGAUGCCACGAUCACGAGAGUCAGAGCGACUUUCGCCCCGCAAUAUGACCUUUCGUCCACUGGCCGCGGGCAGAAGCUCGCUCUGAACCUCGAAACUGCCAUGAACCAUGUUUUGAAGCCACAGCGGGAGGGCGGUGGGAACAAUGUGUACAAGGAUGCUAUUCCUGAAUUUCUGCGGUCGAUUCCCGAGACCGAAUGGAAGCGGUGGAUCCUCAUGGAGCUGAUUCAUCCACCUGCCGAGGCUAAGAACGUGGCGCUCCGUAGUGAUGGGGAGGUGCUCAGUGGACAUGUUAUCGGGGAGCUGGGUGUCUAUGGCACUAUUCUGUGGGAUCAGGCCAAUGGUAACAUCGUGCAGAACGAGCAAGGUGGGUGGCUGAUGAGGACCAAGGCGAGAGAUGUCAAUGAGGGGGGUGUCGCGACGGGUUUCUCCAGCUUAGACAGCAUUGUUCUGUACUAGAUUAAUUCUCGACUAGACUAUGUAGACCAUUAUGAAUUCCCAUUGUCACUGGCCCCAAUCACCGAUCCAUACUACG